AUGUCCGCAGCUGGUGACGAGCUUGUCAAUGAGAUGGCCAAAGACUUGAAGAUGUCGAGAUUACCUAAGAAACAGCGUCUGGUCAGUCGACAACUUCACGACCCUCAUCCCCAACCCGCCGGCAAGAUGAAGUUGAACAUCUCCUACCCUGCCAAUGGCAGCCAGAAGCUCAUCGAGAUUGAGGAUGAGCGCAAGCUCCGUGUCUUCAUGGAGAAGCGCAUGGGCGCUGAGGUCCCCGGUGACUCCGUCGGCGACGAGUUCAAGGGCUACAUCUUCAAGAUCACCGGCGGCAACGACAAGCAGGGUUUCCCCAUGAAGCAGGGUGUCAUGCACCCUACCCGUGUCCGCCUCCUCCUCUCCGACGGCCACUCCUGCUACCGCCCCCGCCGCACCGGUGAGCGCAAGCGCAAGUCCGUCCGUGGCUGCAUCGUCGGCAUGGACCUCUCCGUCCUUGCCCUCUCCAUCGUCAAGCAGGGCGAGGCCGACAUCCCCGGCCUGACCGACGUCGUCCACCCCAAGCGCCUCGGCCCCAAGCGCGCCACCAAGAUCCGCAAGUUCUUCAGCCUCACCAAGGAUGACGAUGUCCGCAAGUACGUCAUCCGCCGCGAGGUCCAGCCCAAGGGCGAGGGCAAGAAGCCUUACACCAAGGCCCCCAAGAUCCAGAGACUCGUCACUCCCCAGCGUCUCCAGCACAAGCGCCACCGCAUCGCCCUCAAGCGCCGCCAGGCCGAGAAGGUCAAGGACGAGGCUAACGAAUACGCCCAGAUCCUCGCCAAGCGUGUCGCUGAGCGCAAGGCCGAGAAGGCCGACGCCCGCAAGCGCCGUGCCUCCUCCAUGCGCAAGUAA